AUGGAGUAUCCUCCACAGUAUCAACAGCCCCAUGGCCAACACCCACACGCUCCCUCUCAUAUCCCCGGACCUUACCAGGCUGCGCCGCCGAAUGCUGGUGGUGUUGGGUCGAUGACAUCGCCUACCAACGCUCAGACACCCAUGCAACCAACACACUCCGCCCACCAGACCUCCCCCAUCGUUCCGUCGCAAUCUCAUUACCAGCAACAGAAUGCGCCCGGAGCGGUCCACCAGCAGAUGAACUUCCCUCAGGGUUACGGCGUCCCCGCGGCCAUGCCUCAGACGUAUGGGAUCUCUCCGACGCAGGCAGCUGCCAUGGCGACCGCGGCUGCGUCGGGGCAGUUCUACCCCCUCCACCAGGAAUCCAUGGCUGGACAGAUGGCCCCUGGGUCUCGAGGCUCGCCGCGCAUGGCGGGGGUCCAGAUGAAGCCUGAUCGCAAUCCUCGGUCGCCACAAAUGCCUGGCCAGAUGCCGCCAAUGACAUCGCAGGUGCCGAUGGCGCCACAUUCGCAGAUGCCUCCGCGUCGCAUGAGCCAUGUGGGGAGUCCCAAUAUCCAAAGCGCGCAACCGGUCCUGAGCCAUGUUGGCCGGCCUUCCGUCGCUCCACCGAUGUCGGCGGCACCCCAAGCUCCCGUGCAGCAGGGCCAUCCCUCGCCGGAGCUGGUACCCGGCAACAACCAGGAGGAGUCCCCUCUGUAUGUGAACGCCAAACAAUUCCAUCGCAUCCUCAAACGCCGCGUCGCCCGCCAAAAACUGGAGGAGCAGCUGCGCUUGACGUCCAAGGGUCGCAAGCCCUACCUGCACGAGUCACGUCACAAUCAUGCCAUGCGUCGACCUCGUGGCCCCGGUGGCCGAUUCUUGACGGCGGAUGAAGUGGCGGCCCUGGAGAAGAAACAAUCCGAGGGUGAGCUUGAUGUGGGGGAUAUGGAUAAGAUCGAGAAUGGCACAUCGCACAAACGCAAGUCAAGCGACGUCAUUGACGACCACGCCAUCUCGGUCAAGAAGACCAAGACGAGCGGCAGCGCUGAAAGUGAGCAAGAUUCUGCCGAGCCAUCGGAUGAGGAAGGCUGA